AUGAAGCUAUGGGAGGCGUGUGGGCAAGGUGUAGCUGGCGCUGCCUCGCUCGAAAGCAUGCCGGUGGGCUCCAGAGGGCUGUAUUCUGGCCUUAUUCAAGUAAUUAUUGCCAGUGAUUUUGAGCUGUAUCAAAAUAACGAUAUUAUCCGUACCUCUAGCCGGUUAUUGAACCUUCUUCUGGUUCCCAACACGCCUCAAACUUGGCGUUCGAUAUUCUGGUUUGGGGCAGGGCUCAGCGUCCUCGCCGCUAGCAUAAGAGCAUCCCUCCCCGAGGGUGCUGUAUUCAAACGAUCAAGAGAAGUUGCUCGAAGAGGGAAUAUGACAGCUGUUGACAAAGCCGUAGUCUUCAUGCGCUCGCUUGGAAGGAUGUUCAAGGAUCAUUGGACUCUAUGGGUAUACGUGGCCUUCAAUUUGUCAGUCAACCUACCGUUCUCUGAUAUCACCGAAUUCUCAACCUUUGGUUCACAGCUGGCGCAUAGCUCGCAAGACUUGUAUACGACGUUCAUGCAAGCCAGCAAAGGGUUCUCUGCAUCCCUCGCUAACGAAGCGAACAUAAUAGGCGAAGCAGGAGCUCUCAUAGGGGGUGCCCUAGGGGGAUAUCUCAGCCAAUUCUUGGGUCGGAAAUUAACAGUUGUGUUCGCUUGUGUCUGGAGUGCUGCUUUCAUACCUCUGUGGAUACUACCGAGCUCCUGGGGUCGGCUAAGCAUCGGCGCAUUCUUCUUCCAAGUGGGCGUAAACAUAGCGUGGGGCGCGAUCGCAAUACAUCUCAACGAACUCGCACCACCGGCAUUCCGAGGAGCGUUCACCGGUACCGUGCACCAAAUGGGAAACAUGGCGAGCAGCGCGUCUGCACAGAUUCUUGUUGGUAUCCGCUCCCUAUUCAUACUGUCCCGGCUGAGCAGGAUCUUACAGGCUACUGCGGGUAUCACUCUGCGGAAGCAGGUCAAUGGUGUGGAUCAACCAGACUAUGGAACUAUUCAAGCAAUCAUGGCCGCCUUAUCGUGCGCAAUGGUCAUCAUAUGUACUUUCUUUGGCCCCGAGAGGCACUCCGCACACUUCGAAGAUGGUAGAACUGCUAUAGAAGAGGGUGUUGCUCGUAAAGAUAGGACAUCCAGCUAUAGCGGAGAAGAAGAUGAAGGUGAGAAGGUAACGGUAGAACACAUCGAACAUCGCUCCGUGCCCCCUGACUCCUAA